AAAAAAUAUGGUUAGUAUUUUACUGUAAUAAAAUUCACUUGAAUAAAAGUGAAUAAUCAUCAAUGUGAACUUUAUCAGUAUUUAUCUUUGCAGCCUCUCUCGUUCACGAACUAAUAAACGCGGUCAACAUAUACGCGCUUCAUAGUAAUUCUACUCUCUAACAAUCAGUCGCGUCUAUAAUACGUGGUCAAGGGUAAAUCACUCUGUGCAAUUCAGUAUCAUUUAUCACUCGAAAGAAACGAGAUGGCUGUCGUGCUAAUAUCUUUGAUCAUCGGAGUACUUGCAGUGUUUUAUUUUUACCUGACACAAAAAAAUAAAUACUGGCCAAAACGUGGAGUACCAUGCGCGGAUGGAGCCCUGCCGGGAGUCGGUCAUAUGUUGUGGGUGAUUUGUAUGAGAACGACCCUGCCGGAAUAUUAUCGCAAAAUUUACGAAGACAACAUGAAUCGUAGCAUGAUCGGAUUUUACAACUUCACAUCACCGUCGUUGAUAAUUAUUGAGCCGGAACUGGUAAAAAUAGUGCUGCAGACGAAUUUUGCGAGUUUCUCCGAAAACACCUUUGAUAUUGAUCCAGUCUUGGAUCCUCUGCUAUCACACAAUCCCUUCUUCACUUCCGGCAAUAAGUGGGUCAUCGGAAGAAAGCGUUUGACCUAUGCAUUCUCUAGUAUGCGACUGAAAAUCCUGCUUGAGAGCGUCAAGUCGGUAUGCGUGAUACUCGAGAACUAUCUCGAUAACAAGCUUAGCAAAGUCGAGAAGAUAGAGCUGGAACUGAAGGAUUUAUGCUCCAGGUUUACCGCACAAGUGGUGGCCGCCGCCGGCUUCGGCGUAGACGGAUUCUGCUUCGAUGAUGAAAAAGAAGAUACAUCUUUCCGAAAAGCCGGCGAAGCCAUUUUAAACAAGAAUAUGAUUUUGUUUGUUCUUCUGUUUCUCAUCCCGUCGUUAAGCAAAAUCUUCAAGAUAAGCUUCCUUCCGAAACACACCGAUCAUUUUUUCAGAACAUUGGUCGCGGAUCUUAUGGAGCAACGACGAAAGGACGGUAUACCCAGAAACGAUUUCCUUCAUUUAAUGGCAGAAUUGGAGCGAAUUGAAGACGAUAAAUUUGAUCUCGAAAUGCUCGCAUCUCAUGCAAUAUCAUUCUUCGUCGACGGCUACGAGAGCUCCAGCACUGUUAUGAGUUUUGUUGGUUUUCAAUUAGCUAGUCAUCCAAAAGUGCAGGAGAAAUUACGCAAGGAAGUCAUGACUGUACUCGACAAGUAUGAUGGUGUGAUAACUUACGAAGGCUUGAAGGAGAUGACAUACAUGGACCAGGUUUUGAAUGAGUCACAGAGAAUCGUACCCAUAACGGGAUUCAUGACUAAACGAUGUACGGAGAAAUUUGAGCUGAAAGGAUCUGAUGGGCUUGUCUGUCACGUGCAACCUGGAACGGAGAUCUUGAUACCCGUCCAAGGCCUGCAGAAAGAUCCUAGGUAUUGGGAAGAUCCCGAAGUAUUCGAUCCUGAAAGAUUCAGUCCAGACAGAAAACACAGCAUCGAGAAAUUCGCUUUUCUUCCUUUCGGUGAGGGUCCGCGAAUCUGUGUCGGAAUGAGAAUGGCUUUAUUACAAAUAAAGGCUGGUCUCGCUACAAUCCUGAGAAAAUACAGCCUGGAGCUUUCUCCAAGGACGCAAGUACCCUUGAGAAUUAUUCCCGGGACCAUCUUAGCAACGCCGAAAGGUGGUCUGUGGAUCUUUCUUCAACAACUUUAAAUGCAUUAAUCUUUUGAGUUACUAGAAUCGUAACUAGACUUUUUUAUUUAAAAAUAAAAUGUGUAGUUGUAAAAAUAAAAUUUAUGUAAUAAAUUUAUAUUUGUCUCAUUAAAAAUUUUAUAUUUCUGUAAUAUAUUCUUUUUUUAUAUGAUUUAUAUGGUUUAAUAUAAAUUAUAUGAGAAUAAGAUAUAUAUUUGUACAUAUAUAUAUUUCAAAUUUUUCGAAAUAUUCGUUUAAAAAUGUAUCAAAUUAUGAUUUAACGGGCAAACUCAUUUAAGCUAAAAAUCUUUAUUCAAUUACUUAAUUAUAGUUUCUAAAGUUUAAUAUACGAUUGAUAAUGCUGGCGUCAAAUAAGAUUUAUGAUAAUAUUUUGUAUUUAUUUGUCACGCUUCUUAUUGUUAGCUGCAUAUAUUAUAAAUACACAUGGUGCAAAUAAAUACAUAGGAGGACUCUGUGUUGCGUAGCGUCACGCUAUUUGCACGUUACAUCACUGCGUAUAAUAAUUCGCGUUUAUAUCCGUUAUGCAGUGUCACUCUUAUGAUUUUACUAUUGUAAUAAAUAUCUAUUUAUUUUAUUA